AUGUUCGCCACCACCAUUGCUUCCGUUCUCGCCGCCACGGCCACCCUCAUUGGCGCCACCGUGGCCACCCCCAUCUCCAGCACCAACGCCAUCACGGCCGCCGGUGCCGACAAGCGCGCCGUCCAAGCCUCAGGCCGCUUCACCUACUACAACCCGGGCCUGGGCGCGUGCGGCCAGACCCACGGCAACGGCGACUACGUGGUGGCGCUGAGCCACGCCGACUUCGACCCGUCGACCCCUAACGGCAAUCCCAACAACAACCCGCUCUGCGGCCGCCGCAUCCGUGCCUCCUACUCGGGCAAGUCGGUCGACGUCACCGUCGUCGACCGCUGCGAGGCCUGCAACUCGGGCGACCUCGACUUCAGCCCGGCCGCCUUCCAGGCCCUCGCCGACCUCAGCCUCGGCGUUAUCCAGGGCACUUGGGACUGGAUCUAG